CAUGCCAUCCACUAUCCGUGAACCUUGCCUGGCGAAAUAAGGCCUUGCCUCGUAAUCGUGCCGAUCAGCUGUCCUGUCAAAGCACACUUCGCUAUUUAGUCGGUCGUAAACAAUCUCCGGGCGAUAGUUGGUUUUAUUCGGCAAACCGCGGACUGGAACCAUUAUUAAUCAUCACGAUUCCAGACGGAAUGCGUUCGCAGGUGAAGUGACAUGUUCCCCGCGGCCGUUCCCUCAUCGAUUGCCGCAGGAAAAUGAGUGCGUUGAAGAAAAUGUGCAGUGAGCCCUCCGAGGAUGAUUACGCAAGGAGCGUUAUGCUAGACGACCUCCAGCUUGCUGCCGAAUUGGGAAAAACUCUUCUGGAGCGGAAUAAGGAAUUAGAAACUGCAUUAAAGCAACAUCAAAACAUUAUUGAGGAUCAAGCACAAGAAAUCGAGUAUCUCACAAAACAAACAGUCGCCCUUCGAGAAGUAAACGACUCCCGACUGAGGAUCUACGAACAGCUAGAAGUCAGUAUCCAAGACUUGGAACGCGCAAACCACAGACUAGUCCUUGAAAACUCUGCGGAAAAGAAACAUGUCAAGAGUUUGAACACCACCAUCGAAUCCUUGGAAACAAAAUGCGAGGAAUUUCAAAGUACAAUUGACGACCUUAGGUUACAAGUAGACGUCCUUAGGAGACGUUCCCAGAGAAACGAUGUCCACGUAUCAACCGUUUCGUCGAGGGGGGCCGUUGCAUUAAGAUCUAUUGACCGUCAGUAUGAUGAGGAAAGAAGACUUGCCAGUCCUGAUUCUUCAGCUACGCAUACAGAUGAGGAAAAAUGCGACAGUGCACUUCCUAAAAAGACUGACUCACCCACUCAGGUAAAUAAUGUGACGGGCUCCCAGAAACCAAACAACCAAAAUGGGGAAGAGAUGGAACUCGACAGCGGAAUGGAACAAAUGUCUCAACUUCUUGCACAACUCAGCAAGACCAGGGCGCAAUGCAAUCGCGAUGAAAGAAGGAUAGCAGAACUAGAAGAACAAUUGUCCACCAUGGUACAACAGAACCAAGCAUUGGAGAACCAGGUGGUGCACUUGUCUCAUAAGGAAGAGGAUCUGAAUAUGAAGAGCAUGCAUGAAGAGCUCACCACCUUGGAAGAAGUCAAGCAAGGUCAAAUGUGCAGCCGAUGCCUGCGCAGCUUAGACAAUAACAGUAGCGAAGUUCCAGAUGAUGACGAUUCCAGUAUGCUUGAGGAACUGAUGUCGUCAUCAGAACAUCGCUCAUCGUUCUCUAUGGACGUUCAGGCUCAUUCUGAAAAUCAAUCCUCUCCUAUAAAUAAGCAGCCUGCAAAUCCUUACAAAGAGCUUGUAGAAAAAUAUGAAGCCUUGGUAGAAGUCCAUCGCAAGCCAAUACGUUCCAACAAGCAAGAUAACAGUCUGUCGCUACAAGAGGAAAUGCAAAUGUCUGGAGAUUUCAACACCCUAAGCACCAAAGACACGGAUGAGGAAAGUGGACACGGAGACAGUUUGAGAACCGAGAAACACAAGAAAACUCGGAAAACAUUUUCAACACCCACAGACUUCUCCGAAGCCGAAACAAGUUCUUCUGGAUUUGCCGAUGAAACUAGCAACAAGUCUACUCAAACCGAAGGCCGUAUCGGCUCCUUCCUUUGUACAAUUGCUGAUGGAGAAGAUUGCAAGUUCAGUAUUUACGAUGAUGCUAGUCCCAUAGAUUCACGAUUCCGGGACAGACCCGAAUAUCGAGUAGUAUUCAAAGAAAUCUUCAAGGUACUUAAAAAAGCUGCCGAAAAUAAGGAAGAAGGGGAUGAAUUGCCUCUAUUAGAUGAUUUCACUCCUGUUAAAGUGGUUCCUAAGGUUCCACCAGUAACACCCUCUAACGACCACUCACCUGAGUUUCCUGAUGAUGACACUCAAAGCGUGUUAUCGUCUACUAUGUCUGAACUAUCCACUUCACAAAAUGAACCGACUACCGUUAUAGAGAAUAUCAUUCAAGCGCAAAACCAACCAAUACCUGAACCAGAACCUGAGCCGGAAAAUGAGACUGUUAAUAAGCAAGAACGGGUACUUAAACCACUGGUACGUCAACCUCUAGAAUACUUAUCUGUGGAAGUUCGUAAGCGUUCUUCCUCAAGACGCAAAAAUAAGUACGUAGACAGAUCUGAUUCCCCUAUUACUCAUAUUAUCGGCAGUCCUAAAAUCAACUACUCCAGUAGGCCCAAUUCUGGCCGCAGACGACGCGAACAAAAGAAUACAUCAACGGAUGUUGAGAAUAAUUCGCAAUGGAAUGGUAAUACUUUGCAGUUUUGGUCGUCAAAUCGAAAUGUAGCUUCUCCUACACCGAGUCAGGGCAGCACAAAGUAUGAAUUCAAGCCAAGUUCUGCUUCACAAGAUUUACAUAAACUUAAGAAGCUUGACCUUUCUUAUGCCGAGGUGUUAAGGAAUGCCGACACAAAAAAACGGGAGCUGUUAAAGCAAAGACGAAAGUAAGAUGUUUUAUUUCUAUCUCUAUUUUAAGUCAUGUUUUUAAAUAUUCAUUUGUAUAUGUCAUGUGUUUUAUAAUGUUCAUUUAAAUAUCAGGAAAGUAUGUACAUAGUUUUUAUUUCACCAGUUUAUUUUAUAACUUCUAAAUACACUAUUACUUAUUUUAAGAACAGUAUGUAUUACAUAAUAACAAUUUAACAUUAAAAUUGUUCGAUUUUCGAACGUGUUGUGCCAAUAAGAAAAACUGUAAUCACAAUAAGUAAUCAUUAGUUCCCACAUAACCAAAAGGGUAAAAAUAAAGAGCAGUAUUUAUGAUCCUUAUAUGAUAGAUCAUAGCACAUUCCAUCUAUUUAUUCAUAGGUUUCGGAAAUAGAAAGUAGCAUUUUUACUAAUAAAGAAUGAAUAGGACUAUACAUUUGUGAUUAUAUUCUACGAUUUGAAAAUAAAAUGUGAAUGUGA